UCUCUCUUCUUUAAUCCACAUCCCACACAAGAAAUACGGCAACGCUUCGUUAAGCAAAAAAAAAAAAGGCCCUUCUUUUUUUUUAUUACUCUUUACUCUUCAUUCACUUCUUUCAUUUUCCAUUCUUCCCAGUCGCUCCAGAAUGUCGUCCUCGCUUACGUUCCAGCUCCGCCAGCAACAGCAAGACAAAGUUGCUGCCGUGAAGCACCUCGGUCCUGCCGUGAGCCUUCCGUCACCACCCAACUCAUCUUACGGUGAUGAGGCUUCCAUUGCCAAUGCAGACGUUGGUCCGUCCAAGGAACAAGAGCGCAGAGACUCACUGCCGACCCACUUUAAUGCGCUAACGUUGCAGCACUUUUCUACGUCACUCCCUGAGAACUAUACCAUUGAGCAUUCCUCCUCUCCGAUACCGAUCCAGUCUUCUUCCCCACACUCUCGCAAUAACAACGGCAACACUAAGCUACUGCCACAACGCGCAGAAUCCCCUAUAUACCAUCAUUUAUCGCCUACUGCUACUGCUGCUGCCACGGGCGGACGGACGAUUCGCAACAGCAAUCAUGGCCGCCAGAAAUUGGAUACGACGGCAUCAUCAUCAUCAUCCUCCUCGUCGUCGUCGUCGCUUCCAAAUUUUCACAGCAAUGGUGCCAUCCGCAAGAGCCGGGAAGGCAGCACCGGCACCAGCACGCAUGGUGGUAGCGGCAAGAUGCUGCAUCGCUGCGAGGACUGUGGAAAAGUGUACAAGCACCCAAGCUGUCUCUCAAAGCAUCGGUGGGAACAUUCGGACGAAUGGGAACUGACGAGCAAGCUAUUACUCACAAAACACCAGCAAGUGCAAAUGCUGGAAGCUGCUGCUAUCCUUGUGAGCUUGGAUACGAAGCGAGUGGAACAAGAGCAAGCACGACAGGAGCAAGGAGACCAUCCACAACAGGACGAAUUACCCAAGGAACAACAACCCCAUCAUUACCUUCACCACCACCAGCACCACCACCAUCAUCAUCAACAUCAACACCAGCAGCAUGGUCAUGAGAUCGAUGACGAUGACGAAAAGUCUAUCCGGAUCGAUGAUGACGAUGGCGACGAUACCGACGACGACAUAGAUAUGGAUUCGAUCUCUAUUGCAUCCUCCACCCCAUCCUCACCCGACUUAUUGCCCGCUUCGUUUCCUCACGGAGACGACUAGGACAAGUCGCACCUUUGCAUCCCAUGAAUUACCUAAGCAUACUAUUCAAUCUCACUGGCCUCUCUGGGUCUGCUCUAUACUCUUUUUUUUUUUGUUACCCCUCCUUUUUUUUUAUAUAACCUGUGGCGCUUUGUGGCUGAACAGUUUUUUUUUUUUUUU